CUCUCCUCCCCUCCCCGUUUGUUUUCGUCUGGUCGUGCUCGCGUGUUCGUAAACAUUGCUGAAUUUUCGCUAUUUUAUUCGCAUGACACAGGGAAUUACUGUUCUGAACCAUGUCCGAGCUAGCUCUUAACAUUGUCAGUGGUCCAGUUAAAACUUUCAAGCAAAAGAAGAGAAAAAAUCAAGAUGAAGGAGAUUUUAAGGCCAAAACCUCAAAGAAAUUUAAAAGUAUGGGUGGAAAGAAUGUCCAAAAGAAACCUUUCAAAAGGAAAGAUGAUACAGAAUCUGAAAAUGAAGACACUGGACAAAAUGCGAAAUCAAACCAAGAGGCCGAAGUAUCUCCCAGAAAGGAUAGAACUCCUGGCCCUGCUUCAUCGUUAUUUAAAUCAAAUCCUGAAGUACCCUUUCUUGAACAUAAAGAUGUUAAGCCUGUCUCAGAACAUGUGUUUUCCUCUGAAUUAAUUAAAGAUAUGCCAAUUCACGCACAUUCAAUAGCAAAUUUAGAAAAAAAUUUAGGUAUGUCAAAGGUGACUACUGUUCAAAAAAUGUCGUUUCCUGUGAUAAUGAGUGGGAAAGAUACCCUAGUUCGUUCUCAGACGGGAAGUGGUAAAACCAUAGCAUAUGCUUUACCAAUUGUAGAAUCACUGCAAAGUAUCAGACCUAAGCUACAACGAUCACAUGGUGUGCAGGCUGUGGUAAUCGUUCCUACAAGAGAACUUGCUUUACAAACUUAUGAAUGCUUUGUAAAACUGGUUAAGCCAUUUACCUGGAUUGUGCCAGGAUAUUUAGUAGGAGGAGAGAAAAAAAAAUCUGAAAAGGCCAGGUUAAGAAAGGGAAUAUCUAUUUUAAUUGGUACACCAGGAAGAUUGUUGGAUCAUAUUCAGCACACUAAGAGUCUUCUUUUAUACCAAGUGAGAUGGUUGGUAAUUGAUGAAGCUGAUCGUUUGCUUGACAUGGGAUAUGAAAAGGAUGUAGCCAGUUUGGUCCGUGCCUUAAAUGAGCAGCAGUUUGGCAAUCCAGAGGGGGAAAAGGAGAGAUUUCAUCCUUUGGAUGUGGAUGCACCUGAAAUAGAUCCCAAUGCUUCACCCUUUGUAUGUAAGGUGAAAAGACAGACCAUUAUGCUCUCCGCCACCAUGACUGCAUCUGUUGAUCGCUUAGCUGGCCUCACUCUAAAACAUCCCAAGUUUGUUGAUGCUGCAGUAAUAGAUGAAGAUGAUGAUGAACAUAAUAUUGCGAUGAUUGAGCAGGACCUAGUCAUACCAGACAGUUUAACACAAUGGUAUCUCCUCAUACCUGCUAAACUUAGAUUAGUUACUCUUGCAUCAUUCAUUGUUUGGAAGUGCCGUAUGACUGCUGAAAGGAAGAUGCUCAUUUUUAUGGCAACACAGGAUAUGGUGGACUUUCAUACAGAGAUGCUUACAACUGUUCUUGGAACUCGUGAAAAGAAGACAGGUGGGGUUGAUGAGGACUCUGAUCUUGAAGAUGAAUAUGGCCUACUGAAAAAGAAAGAUGAUGAUGAAGAGGAUGUUAAAGAUCCAAGCUUAGUAGACAUUGAAUUUUUCAAGCUCCAUGGUAAUAUGACUCAAAAGGAGAGAACCGAUGUGUUCAAAACAUUCAGAAGUGCCACAUCUGGUGUUCUUUUGUGCACUGAUGUUGCAUCUCGAGGUCUUGAUUUGCCCAUGGUGGACUGGAUUGUUCAGUAUACUGCACCUGCAACCGCUGCUGAUUAUGUACAUAGGGUGGGUCGUACAGCUAGAGUUGGUGCCGAAGGUUCUUCUAUGAUCAUGCUGUGUCCUUCUGAGUCAGGGUUUAUCACUCAGCUGGAGGAGAGAAGAGUCAAACUUUUUGAGGAAGGGAUGGAGAGAACUUUACAACAUCUGGUUCCCACUAUGGCCACGUCCAUCCCAUCACUGCUAAAGAUGCGCAACGGCGCCACCGAGCUGGCCGCCACGAAGCUGCAGCUGCGUUUCGAGGACGCCGUGUCCGGCCGCGAGGACCUCCACGCCAUGGCCGCUAAAGCCUACGUCUCGUUCGUGCGCUUCUACGCGAGCUACCCGCACGAGACGCGCGGGGUGUUCAACUUCAAGGCCCUGCACCUGGGCCACUACGCCAAGUGCUUCGCGCUCCGCGACCCGCCCUCCAAGAUCGGCGGCCUCGGCAAGAAGCAGUGGCUGGACCGGGGCAAGGGCGGCGGCGACGGCCGUCAGCCGGGACGCGGGCGCCAGCCGGGAGGAGGCCACGGAGGAGUCCAGGGCGGCGGCAGACCCGGCACCAAGCCGCUGCAGCAGCCGCGACCACGGGGUGGCCCUGGCUCCAGCCGGGGACUGGCCGGCGGCCGCGGCACGGGGAAGUCCCAGGACGGCAAGCCCGGCUCCGGCGCGAGGGGCGGGCCCUUCGGCAAGCCGAGCGCGUUCGGCGCCCGCUCCUCGGCCGCGAGGACGACCAAGCUGGCUGCCUCCGAGUUCUCGAGCGGCCUUCAGUUCAAGAAGAAGAAGCAGAAGAAGGGCGACGACUAGAGAGGUGCGCCGGCGUUGACAUGUUGUUAUUAUAUUAUUUCCGUGGCGGUGAUGUAAAGAAAGGAGCAAAGAUUUAAUUUUUGUUUUCUGGUUUAAAUGAACUGGUAUGAUUACAUAUUAAAUACAUCACUGUCACACCAAAAA